GACAGAAUUCACUUGUUCUGCUGGCAUUGCUCAUAAUAAGAUGUUGGCAAAACUUGCUAGCGGUAUGAAUAAACCUGCACAACAAACUGUUGUGCCUUCCUCAUCUGUAAAUGCAUUGAUCAAUACAUUGCCAAUAAGGAAAAUGAAACAGCUUGGAGGCAAGCUGGGGAUUUCCUUACAAAAUGACAUGGGUGUGAACACUGGGGGAGAUCUAUUGCAGUUUCCAGAGGAGAAGCUACAAGAAUGUUAUGGCGUAAAUACUGGUACUUGGAUGUGGAACAUUGCAAGAGGAAUCCGUGGAGAAGCAGUUGAGGGACGCCUUCUCCCCAAAAGCCAUCGUUCUGGAAAGACAUUUCCUGGCCCUCGGGCAUUAAAGACAAUUCCUGCUGUGCAACACUGGCUUAAUCAGCUUUGUGAAUAACUUAGUGAAAGACUUUGCUCUGACUUGGACCAAAACAAAAGGAUGGCGCACACUUUUAAGUCUACAUGCUAGAGCAUACAAAUCCAGUGACUCAGAUUCACAGAAAAAGUUCCCGUCAAAAUCUUAUCCAAUAAGGUAUGGGACUGCCAAGAUCCAGGAAGAUGCCUUCAACCUAUUUCAAGCUGGAUUACGUGAAUAUAUUGGAAGUUAUGGUGUUAAGACUCAAGGAAGUCUUUGUAGUGGAUGGGGAAUAACAUCAUUUUCUGUUUUAGCCAGUAAAAUUGUUCCCAUACCAUCUGGAACAUGUUUAAUUGAUAAGUAUUUUCAUGGCCAAUCUACAUCCCACUUUUCUUCAAUGCAACCGUUGGAUAACUUUAAUGCUGAAGCAACAGUUUCACUACCUCCAGGUCUUCUUGCUUUUCUGAUCAUUUUCUGACCUUGCUUAUGAUUGUAAUGCAUUUUCACCAUAAGAAU